CUUUCUUGACAGCUCCUAGACUGUUUUGUCAUCCCAGUGGUGAUACUGCUCUCCUGGUUCUUCUUACUGGUACGAUACAAGGCAGUACAUUUCAUUGGGAUCGUGGUCUGCAUUCUGGGCAUGGGUUGCAUGGCAGGAGCAGAUGUCCUCGUUGGGAGACAGCAAGGAGCAGGUGAAAAUAAACUGAUAGGGGAUCUCUUAGUACUGGGCGGAGCAACGCUAUACGGCAUCUCGAAUGUUUGUGAGGAGUACAUCGUCCGAAAUCUGAGUCGAGUGGAAUUCCUGGGCAUGAUCGGACUCUUUGGCUCCUUCUUCAGUGGAAUUCAGCUUGCAAUCAUGGAACACAAAGAGCUGUUGAAAGUUCCCUGGGAUUGGCAAAUAGGCUUGUUGUACGUCGGCUUUAGUGCCUGUAUGUUUGGCCUCUACAGCUUUAUGCCUGUGGUCAUAAAGAAAACCAGUGCUACUGCCGUCAACCUCUCCCUACUCACGGCUGACCUGUACAGCCUUUUCUGUGGAUUAUUCCUCUUCCACUACAAGUUUUCAGGACUUUACUUGUUGUCAUUCUUCACUAUCCUUGUUGGGCUGGUGCUCUACUCCUCCACGUCCACCUACGUAGCCCAGGAUCCUCGGGUGUACAAGCAGUUUCGAAACCCUUCAGGACCUGUUGUAGACCUGCCAGCCACUGGCCAGCUGGAGCCUUCGGUAACAUACACCAGCCUGGGGCAGGAGACAGAAGAGGAGCCUCACGUUAGAGUUGCUUAAACCCAGGGCUGUUGGUCACCUACUGAUGAUUCAGUGGAACUCGUAUGUCCAUUAUCUCUGUAUUGUACAUAGAGAAAGGUAUUUACCAGGUGCAGUUACACCAGUGAGUUGCAAGGUAGCAAAUAAGGAAAGCUCAUGAAAAUACAAAUUAAUUGUUCCAGGGUGUUCAUUGCAAGGAGAUGCCAGUCCCUCGUUUACGAUAUGAGCAGCAUGUUUGCAAUACAAACUGCUGUAUAUGAAUCAGUUAAUGUCAAACUACCUGUGAAAGAUAUUCAAUAUAUAAGCUGAAAUUACAAUAAGAAAUUCAUAGAAGGGUGUUUUUGCACCCACCUGAGUGAUAUUAUGCCUAAACCACACCAGUUGUGGAAAAAACGCCUUUUUACAGCAAAUGCACUUGUGCAGUCACUGUUAAUUUCUCUCUAAGAUUUGUUUGUUUGCACCAAAUAGAUGGGUUACUCGUGGUAGCAACACCCUGACACAUUUUUGCUAGCACCUUGGGUUUGGUGAGGGAAAGACAACGAAUUCAUCUGUGCUAUCUGUCUAGUUGCCCUUUCUGGGUAAUCUGUUCCAUGAAUCCAGAGGAGGGACAACUUACAAUAUCCGUCUCUAUUCUAGGAAUAGGUAUAAGGCGAGCAUUUUAGCCUUUCUAUAUUUGCAGAAGUGAAGUAUUCAAGCAUUGACCUCUCUAUGAUCCAUGGCAGAUUUCCUAGCGGCUGAGGUUCUGCAUCAGGUGACAGGGAGCUAGUUUCUCUGUAGUCGUGACUUAACACAGAUUUCUUACUUUUUAAAUUUUAAUCUGUAAAAAGAAAAACACGUUUUCUAGUUUCCUAUGUAUUGUACUUCUCCAUGGUAAGAUGACAUAUCAUGUGGAUCAGGGCACUUAUUUUAGAUACUCAGUGCAUCAAGGGCGCCUUCUGCUGUUCCAGUUUGCUUAGUCUCCAGUGGUUCAUUAUUCUAAUAAUAGAUAUUUAGAAAUGUGUCAGUUUUUCACCAAAACCCACAAAUUGUAAAAAUCAGGA